GCCGGGCGCGAGCGGCGGCGGCGGGGCGCCGGCGAGGGCGCCCGUGCGGCGCGGCGGCAGUCAGAGCGACCCGGCCUCGGGGAAGGAGGCGCUGGGCAAGGGCGCGGCCAGGCGAGCGUCGGUGGCUGGCGAGCGCGCCAGGGCGGCCAGCAAGGGCUCCACGGUCAGCGGCGACAAGGACGGCGUCCGCGGCCAGGCAGGGAGCAACACUCUCCAGGAGCUGCGGCUCGCCCCCGAGACUGCGGCCGCCGCGCAGGAGAGGCCUGGCGGGAGUUCUGCGACAGCUUCCCGACCAGGGAGGACGCCGGGGACAAGCUGUAUGCCGCCAUCCUGUUGGGCCUCCCCGAGCUGCAGAAGCACUUCGUGACGCCGAAGGCGGUCCACUCCAUGCGCCUCUUGCGCGGCAUCGGGAGCGUCGUAUCCUGCUGCCACAGCGAGGGCGAGCUCCUGCAGACUGUGGAGGGCCUGGGCUUCAUGCACCUGCACCUGGAGGUGGUCACCGAGCCCCGGGUCGCAGCCUUCAGGAGCAGCGUCGUGGAUCUCGUGGCUGGCGUGCUCGGAGACGGGUUCCCCCAGCAGGCACGGGACGGCCUGACAGCAGUGCUCGACUAUGCUGGCGGUGCGAGCAUCUAUGCGAGGACUCGGACUUUUUAUGCCAAGCGCCUGGAGCUCCUGGCCAGGAGCUGGGAGCUCGCGCAGGACCCGGGGGUCACGAGAAUCGCAAGCUCCAGAAGGGAGACACCGAGGAGUUCCCGUCCUCUGGCAGCUCCUUCGAGAACUACGAGGAGCAGCGCGAGCUGGGGCACCGUGCCUCCAGAGGGAAUCUCGGUGAUGCCGAGGCGGGCUGCCUGGAUCGUCUGAGGCGUCUCCUGCCCAGUGGGCGAAGGCAUGCUGCAGACCUCAAAGCGGACGGUCCUCGGAGCGAUCACCAUGAGUCUGGCCACGUGGACCAAGCCGACCAAGUCGGCAAUCUGGGCGGGUCUGCAGACCAGAAGUCCGGAGCAGGCAAUCACAGCGAGGCUGGCGAGAAGGUGGGUGGCCAACGCGCACCGCAGGUCCACACCACGUCUUUCGAAGAGAUGUUUGAGGUGAACGCCACGGUGAUGGGCUGUGGGAAGGAUGCGAAGAUCUGGAUGCACGAUAUAUUGAAAUCCUUUGACGACAUCGUCUCAAACAUCACAAACCUGCACCGCUUCAAGGAGGAGAUCAAGGUGGUGGCCCUGCGCAUGUCCAAGCACCCGGAGGCCGGGGCGGCGAACCUCUCCCAGUUCCGGGCGUGCAUGCUGGCGGCGCUGCGCUCCCUGCUGCCCAGGGUCUGGACCACCUCGCACGAGGAGGCCUGGUGCUGGCUGUGGGACAGGGUGGCCACCUCGCUGCGGAAGAACGUGGCCUCCAUCCCCGCGCACGCGCAGUGCCUAUCCCGAAGGAGGGAAAUCGGAGGCCAGGACGAGACCGAGCGCUACGGCUUCCGCAGGGACAUCUACACCCGCUUUUUCGAGAUCGCCCCAGAGGGGCAGGACUUCUUCAAGCAGUCGAACACUCGGCUGCACUUCAUCGCAGACAGGAUCCUGGUGAUGACGAUCGAAAUAUUCCACCAGCCGAAGACCUUGCUAUCUGAAAUAUCUGCACUGGGCUUGCGACACGUCGGUUUCGGCAUCCCGACACAUCUGUUUCCACCUUUUGUCAACGCAUGCGUGCACGUCAUGCGAUCAAGGACGAAGGACGGGUCAGUGAAUGAGGCCUUUCGUUGGUCUCUCUCGCUCAUCUCGCAAAUCCUGGUCCGGACCAUCAACGAGGGCUCUACGGUGGUCAUGCAGGCCAUCAACCGGAACUCGGUGAGCCAGCUGAAGAGGGCCAUCGCAAAAGAGCCGCGCGGCCGGCGCUUCCAGUCGCUGUUGGACGUCCACGUCGGGGAGCAGCACAUCUCGCCACUGGAGUGGGCGAUCGAGAGCGGGAGCCUGAGGGUGGCCGAGGCGAUCCUGAGGGACCUGCUGACCAUCCGCGCCGACCGGGCCAAGUACUACUAUGGGGUGGACGAGCUCUUCGGCCGCCACCCCGACAUCGUCAAGAAGAUCAGCGAGGAGGCGAUGACGCUGCUGAUGACGCUCCUCGACGGGCUGGUGUGGCGCUCGCACCGCACGUCCGAGCGGCCGGAGGGCACCAUGCGGAGGAGGGUGCAACUACUUCCUCAAGCACGUCCUCGUCGCGAAGGACGGCGGCUUUUCCGAUUCCCUGCAGUGGAUAUCCGCUGCCGGAGACCCCGCGUUUGUCUCCCACCCGGUCAUCUCCAAGAUCCUGGACAUGCUGUGGGGAGGGGUCGUGUACAGAAGCUUCAUCAUCUCCAGGAUGUGGAACAUGGUCGGCCUGAUCGUGUUCCUCAUGAGCCAGGAGGUCCUCGAGCGGCACUUCGAGCAGUCGGCCCAGGUGCGGUACAUGGUCCUCGCUGGCAGGAUAUACACCUACAUCAUCGGCAUGGGCAGGCUGAUCACCUACCACCUGGGCCGCAUCUGGACGUGGUGCCGCGACACGAUGCGCAGAAUCAUUCAGGAGAUCGACACGGACGGAAACGGCUCCAUCGAUCGCGAGGAGAUGGUCGAGGCCCUCAGGCGGUUCAAGGACACGGUCGGGGCGGAGAUACGGAAGGCCCUGCGCGUCCUCCGGGACGACGACGGGGCGGGCGGGCAGGACGAGGCGCGCAAGGCCAUCGCGAACAAGGAGAGAAGAACACGUACAACAUCAUCAGCUUCGCGCUGAUGCUGGUCCUGGCGCUGAUGCUCCCGCACGAGCCCCUCAUCUGGUGCCUGGACUCGCCCACUACCCAGUGCCCAGACGCCGAUAAAAUCAGGCACCAGUACUCCGUCUUGGCCAUGAUGGCGAUGGCGGUGCACUGGUUUAUCUUGAUAGACCUGGCUGUGUUCAACACGCAGAUCUCCGCGUUCUUGCUCGUCAUCGGCCAGGUGACCGGGGAGGUGAAGCAGUUCCUCAUGGCGAUCUGCUUCCUGCUUCUGAUGUUCGGCAGCGCCAUCAGCAUCAUGUGCCGCAACUGUCCAACCGAGGGCGGCAAUUACGACGACAUGCCCAACGCCAUCGUCACACUGUUUGCCAUCACAGUCAGCUUGUACCAGGGCGACUUCAGGCAGAUCGACGAGAGCCCAGUGCUGCUCCUGUCUGUCUUCACCUUCUUAACAGUAUCAGUGAUCCUCCUCCUGAACCUGCUGAUCGCUCAGAUCAACCGCUCCUACGAGUACAUAUACAAAGACAUGCUCGGAUUCGCCCGCCUCAAUCGCGCGUCGCUCAUCGUGGACGCCAUGAAAGCGGAGCAGAAAAAGCCAAAGUGGCACAAGUACGUGGCGAGCCUGAAGCUCGAUGAGAGGGUCGAGUUCGACGAGGGCGACCUGGGUCUGGCCGGGUGCAUUCAGAUCCUCGAGGAGGCGAAGUUGCACAGGCAGUUGACAGAGAGCAUCCACCGGUACGGCGGCACCUCGUCGCCCCUGGAGCCCUGGCCCGAGGACAAGUCCGAGCUGCAGCUCGAGAGCAACGAAGAGAACGUCUCGACCGCCUCGACGCGAUGAUCCAGAAGGCCCUGGCCAAGUUCCACCGCUCCGGCGCCCAGCCUGGGGACCCCCCGCCAGGGGAGCCCGCCGCCGGCAGCGACUCCGAGAGCAGCGCGCGCGCGUCCCUGUCGCCCCGCGGGCGCGCGGGCGAGCCCUGACGCCGAGCGCGCCGCGGUCCUGUGCGGCCGCCGCCGAGGCGCGCGCGCGCCGGCGCGGCCCUGGGUGCCCUCGGCGCGCGGGCCCGCUGCACGGAAGGGCUUUGAGAGCCCACGCGGUCGACGCGGCCGCCUGGAUUCAAAGCCCACGCAGUCGAGGCACCCGCGCUACCUUGGCGCGCGGCGCGCCCUUCGCGCACGGCGGCGGGCGUCGCCAGGCCCGCCAGCUCUGAUCGGGGAGCAGGAGCUGACACAGGCAAAAAUUGUCCGACUGCACGUCUCCUGCCGCCCUCUUGCUCCCCGGAGGCGGGCCACCUCGGAGCCCGCGCUGCCGAGGCGGCCGCGCGCUCUCGGCCCCCGC